AUGGAGAUAUCCAAUGUAACAGUAUGGCUUAACAUGAGGAGGAAGUAUAUUCUUGGAGGAUGCAUUGGAUUUUUGGUUUUCCUGCUCUUGUUUUCCAUCAAUCUGUCUUCUGGAGAAUUCUCGCUCAUUGAGCCUGCCGGUCGUUCUCCAUUAACUCAAGAACUUCGACCUGCAACAAAUCUGUAUUAUUGGAAUAAUCGAAAGGUUAAGACUGUGAAUUAUUCUUACUGGCCAAGAGCCUUAGAGACCAAAUAUUUGGCUUGGAAAUCUUGGCAUGGUCGUUUUAACAACGAGAGGAUCAGUUUGGAACUUGCUUUUGUUUUUGCCGCCUUGCUCAAUCGUACGUUGGUUCUUCCUCCUGUAUACGAUUAUUUCAACCUCAAGGAAUUCAUGUAUGAGAAGUUCUUUGAAAUUGAUGACAUGAGGAAGGCCAUCUCAGUCGUUACCUUCGAUGACUUUGCUGCUCAAGAAGGAAUCACCGCUGAUUAUGGAAAUAUUGCCAGCAAAGCAACUGUUUUACAUUGGCCUGAGUUCCCAAAUGCUGAAAGUAUUUUCGUUUAUCCGGAGAUCCCUAACAAAGAGAAGGAACCUGGAGAAUGGGCCAAAAUGGAAAAAUUUGCAAGAAAAAGAAGAAUGGGUAAACUCCGUGAUAUCAAGACUGAUCCUGCCAUGGUCAAUGAUCGCAUCAUUUAUUUCCCUGAUCAUCAAUUGCUCGCUCACUUCUAUGCUUACAUAUACAUUCGGGAUCCUCAACUCGACCGAUACAUGAAGAGACUCGUCAGAGAUCAUUUACAUAUUAGAGAUGAUAUUUAUGACACUGCCAAUGUUAUUCUUGAAGCAAUGCCCAAGAAGUUCUACGCCAUUCAUUUCAGACGCGGAGAUUUCCAGUACCAAGACCAAAGACAUCUUACCGGACAAACCAUCCUCAACAACCUCAAGCCAUUCUUCCCAGUUGGAAGUACUAUCUAUCUUGCAACUGAUGAAACCGACAAGGCCAUACUUCAAAAGGACUUCUUACAAUACUUUGGAGAUUACAAGAUUAUCACGUAUGGAGACUUUGAGCACCUUGUCUCAAAGUACAUCCAGCCACAUUGGGUUGGAAUCAUCGAACAAAUCAUCUGUUCUCGUGGAGAAUCUUUUGUUGGAACUAAGCUCUCUACUUACUCUGGAUACAUUACAAGAAUCCGUGGAUAUUCUCCUGAUAUUGUUGACAAAGCAAUUUACUUUACUGAUACCAAGUAUCCUGAUGGAUACAAGGAUGAGAACUUAUUCUCGAAAAACUGGCCAAGAUGGGGAGAUUACUGGCUUGAACAUGGAUUAUGGGCUCGUGAGUUCCAAGAGUCAUGGGAAAUCGAUGGAUAA